AUGACCACCAGAAAGCCUAUCACAAAUGAAGCAGCCAAGGUUGCAUAUUUGUUCAAAGCAACUGCAAUCGAGCUGUACAGUCAUGAAUGUAACAUUGACUUUCUGAGAGAAGAAGCUCAAACCAGAGGUACCGACAUUCUAUUCCUGAUUCAGCAGGUCUGUGACUCAAAUCCAAGCCAAGGAAUGAGUCUAUACGAGCUGGCUCAGUACGAGAAACUUUAUUAUGGUAUCUGUUCAAAGAUACGUCGGACUGUUGGAGAGAUUUUUGAUCGUCUGAACAAAGGGUUGAUCGAAAUGGAGACUAUUUUGCAUCAGCGUGGAAUAGGGUGCGACAGUGAACGCAGCCCGUUAAGAGUGAAAAAUUUCCUUGAUCUCCUUGAGACCCAUUGGGGAAUUCUCAAUGACUCUGGCCUGGUUUCAAUCCUACACGCUGCAGUCAAAGAAAAGAAUAUCCAGAUUGCCAUUGAGCAACGGCUUAAGACAACGCUCCUCUCCAGUCAAAAUCCUGAAGAUCACAAAACACAAGACAGAGACUUGCUGCGUUCACAGCUGGAGCAGCGACGUCAUGAAAUUCGACAGAAACUUAACAAGAUGCCCGGGCUUCGAGACUUUUCGAAUGUCCCAGCUUCGGAUUUAUUUGCAGAUCUUCGCGUUGGUUAUGAUCAAGAGAUCGAAAGAGAGAGGAAGAUUCAUGCAAGUGGGAUUAAGGAUCGUCAGAUUGAACGUGCCAGGAUUCACCAUCAAAGAGCGCUUGACAUACUUUGUGGAAAGGAGGUCAAGCGGUCGAUCAGCCUCGCCAGCAGCGAAAGCAGAGAUAAUCUUGAUGGGAAUGACGAGCCGAAAUGCCUUAAUCUUAGUUGCACCUGCAAGCCAGAUUGCUUGUGCGCUCCGCUCUGUGCCGACUAUCCUGAAAACGAUUGCGCAUGUAAGACAAUUCCACUCUUUGCUGAAAUUCGCGAGCAAAUCGCAGUCGAGAGCAGCUUGGGAGAUAUUGCAGGCCACCCGCACCUCCUCGGAGCAAGAAGCGAAAAGUCAGCCCAACUGCAAGUGGCAGCACUCGCCCUUCCAGAAGUGUCGGAGUUUGAAGCCGCAGUCAAGUUAGUCGAGGACAGUCUCGCAGAAAUGGAGCUGACAGACUAUGCGAGAGCCGUUCAAUCUCGCAGCAAAAUGGAUGGAUUGAACACAGUGUCUUCAGUUGCAUCAAGAAUACGCUUUGAGCCCUCGCAGACUGCCCGGAAGACCCACCAGUCGGAGAGGAUGGAUCGCUUUUGCCAGCGCCACAAAUACAAUCCAUCCUUGUCGACAAUCGAAAGCGAAAACGCCAGCUCGGCUGAUCAACCCCGUCCCAUGGUCCUCAGGGCUGAGCCAAAGAACAAACGCCAACCUCGAACUCUUCUCGAAUCGCCAGAUAUAAUUGAGAAGGAGAAAGAUUCUAAUAUUCGCGUUCACUUCGGAGAGCUAUUCCUGGAGUGUGGGAACAAGAAUGCUACUCCAGGAGAAAAUCGGAAGGCGAUGUGAAGUUAAUUAUUCUUUCGCACUAUCAUCUGCUGGACCAGAAGUUGACGCUGUGCACGAAAAGUUAGUGAAAUAUACGGGGAAUGGUUGCUGGGAGCACUUUACCUGCACGGGUUGCAGAAACCAGUCAGAUUUACGGAAAACAAGG